AUGAGAAAACCACCUAUUGAUAAAAUUCAAAUAUAUGAGGCCGAAGAGUUUAGGGUUGCAGUUGAUGAUGACCCUAAGAGAGCCGAGUUCUGGCUUGAGAAUGCGAUCCGAGUUUUCGAUGAGUUAUCGUGUACACCAUCAGAAUGUGUUAAAUGUGCUGUGUCUCUUCUGAAAGAUGUCGCAUAUCAGAAAAAGUACAUAAGUCAACGAUUUCUAGAUCAAAAGCGUAAAGAAUUUCUAGAGUUGAAACAGGGUCAUAUGACCAUAUCUGAAUAUGAAAGAGAAUUUGUGAGACUCAAUAAGUAUGCCCGUGAGUGCAUUCGAAUCGAAGUGGUUAUGUGUAAAAGAUUUGAAGAUAGGUUGAAUGAAGAUAUUAAGCUUUUAGUCGAGAUACUUAAACUGAAAGAAUUUGUGGUUUUGGUUGGUAGAGCUCACAAAGCUGAGGAGCUUAGAAAAGAAAAGAGAAAAGGCGAUUCUGAGGCUAAAGACUCGAGAAAAAGGUCAACGGGAAAAUCUUAUCACUCGUCAUCAAAGAAGUCAAUGGAUUUUCAUAACUGUUCGAUUGCCUCAGUGGGAUAUUUCCAUCAGAGAUCGUGUUAA